ACCAUGGCGAAAUAAGUCAUGGCGGCUGUGAGUUCUUCUUGAACUUGUUCUUUCAUUUUUUUCACGCAAGGGUCAACCAUUGUGAUCCAAUCAUCGGGAAUUACAACCUGAGGUAGUUUACCUGUAAAACAACAGUGCGAUUAAUAAUAGCCAAUAAAAUAAUAACUAAUAAAACGUAUAGAGUUUUGCACACUAACAUGUCAUUUUUCCUUGAACGCCGUUUUGGCUGGCCGUGAAAAGAACGGCGACGCCGAGUAAUGCCAGUUUGAACAUGAUGUUCGCCGGCUUGUUGUUCGAAACGGAACGAAAAAGAAAUUACCAACAAUGGCAAAACUGGAAAAAAAAAAAAAACAAAGAAAAGAAAAACAGACGUGAAUUCGGAGCAGACGGUGAAACAAGACUACGAGUAAUGGCGUAUGACUAAUGGCGCGGCGGACAAAACGAAUUGGACGACACAAACAAAACGCGAAACAAAGCGCGCCGAGCAGAACUAAUGCGGCUCGACCUGGUGAUGGUAAAUAACAAUGACGGGACGGGCAACAGCGAACGCUGCGCACAACGGCACAAUGGUCGGUUGUAAAAAUAGCAAUUAAACGUAAACAGAUUAACAAUACAAACAACACGCCGAGCAAAAAAUUAGAUCGUAGGUACGUACUUAUUGCGGACGUGCGGCUGUGCGGACGAUAGACGGUAGGCACGGUGGUACGCUUCAACGUCCAACAGACAGACGUAUCGAACAGAUAAUAGCUGCGGAAGGCGGUUUGACACUAUGCAGUAUGCAUUAUUUAUCGGAGCGCGGAACGCACCGAUGUCCCCUCCCCCCAGCCCCCCGCCGCGUCGCGCGGACGGUCGGCCGUUCGAUUUCCGCGGGUCGCGGGUCGAAACCGUCGCUUGCGAUUCAUGUUGUUUGCGCGCGCACUGUUGACAAAGACAAGAGCAGGGAAACAGUAUUGGGAAAAAAAAAAAAAAAUAAAAUAAAAAUAAAACGUACUGCGCCUUAUCUGAAUGUAUUUAUCGGUAAUCUGUUGCACUGUGUAAAUUCGUAUUACGAAAGCCCCGAGCGUUAUAAUUCUUUUUCGAUACCGUGCCAUACAAAUAUUGUGUGCUGUUCGUGACCAAUCCCGCUCCAGUCCGUUUUCAGCAACGCCUAGCCCAACCGUCGUUAUCGCCGUCGUCGUCGGUCGUUCGAGAAGUGCGCGUCGCCGCUUUGUCCUCGCUACGAACCCGAGUCCGCGCUCGCUCACGUCAUUUGGUGUGCCGUUCUUCCGAGGGUCAACACGCAACUGUUUCGCGUCCGUCGUCAGAAAACUUAAACGCGUAAGUACGGUUUGCGAGUCGCACGUUUAAUAAUAAUAAUAAUUAUAUUGUUCUUGUCUUUGUCCAUUUUCGGUUUUCCCGUCCGACAAUAUUAAAAAUUAUAAUUUCUGAUUGAAUAAUCGACUUGCCCAGGCGUAUUUAUAAUUGCCGUGGUACUUUCGCGGAACAACGUCGUUUUCUAUAAAUUGUCGGCGAAAUGUACGCAUAAAUAAUAUCGGUAGUAUUUAGUUACAUCUACGGGGAAAGUGGUGAGGGGGAGGCGGGUGUUUUAACAAAGACCGCGGCCUUAGUAGAAUUCGAUUAGUUCAUAGGUCAAAAUAAUAACUAACAAUAUGUACAUAAACAAAUCGCUGGUGUUCUUUGACAUUUUAUAUCACUGCUUUUUAUAUUAUUACCUACUAAUAAUUUAAGUAAACAGCGGAUUGUACUUAUAAUACUUGAGCCGCGACUUUAAAACAAACAUUUUGUUUUUGUUUAGAAACAUUGUAGCUGUUAUGAUCAAACAAUCUAAAAAAAAAACUUCGAAUUUUUGAAAUGCCGUAUUUCAACUUCAAACCUUUUUUUAUAACAGAUGAAGUUUUCACUUUGAAAAUAAUAGUGUACUCAGAAAUUUCUUUUAACUAUUAUUUUAGAAGUUUUAUAAAAAUCUAAAUUAAAUCCUAGAUUUGUUGACAUUGGCAGAAAUUGUAGGGAGCCUUGAGGGGUCUAAGCCCCUCAUACAAAACAUAUAAAUAGAGAAAUUAGCCCUCUUAAAUUAGUAAUUUGAAGGGGACUAAUUUAUAUGUUUGUACGUUUUGAGUGGGCUUAGACUUCUCGACCCUGCCUACCACAAUUUUGGACAAUGUUUGUUGGCAAAACUUUGUCACAUAACAUGAAAAAAAAAAAGAACCAAAAAUGUGAAACCAGGUCUUUGGUGACCUUCAUGAGCUAAAUCAUUAUAAAACCAUAAACUUUAAAUUGUUAAUUUUUGUACUCUAGCAUUUUCAAUCUGGUACAGCUGCAAGGAGGAUAGUGUUCUAACUGUACACUUAACUCUCGCUACACAAGACCAGACCUUCGGCCAACUCUGUUCUCUCACUUUUCAACUUUAAAUUAAAAAUAAUGUAGUUACUUGGAUAAAGUCCUGAAGUUUUUUUUUUGCAUUAAGUAAUAGUUUCCAAAAAACAUUUUUAAAAACACAUCUUUCAAAAAAAAAAUUUUGAAAUUUUUGAAGGAGUAUGGUAAAGUACACUUUAGCAUUUUUUUUUUGAAUUUAAUAAGUUGGUUUUGCAUCUUAUUGUUUCUAAAUCUAAACAACAGUUCCUAACCUUUUUAUAUCCAUUUACCUAUCACACAUUUUGAAAUUUUUUACAUACUAAUUGAUUUAAUAACUUUUUUUUUACGUAUCAAACAAUAAAACAUGCUUAUACAUUAUUUUAAUAGUUUUUUAUUAUCAAAAUUAUUAAAAAACUACAUGGACAUUUAAUGCACAAAAAUAUAAUUUAAUACCUAUGCGCAGUGAUUAUUUUUAUUAUUGGAUUUUACUAUGCUUUAUGUACUAUCUAUGAGCUUUUUGUAUUGGGAACCACAUACAUUGGGAUCUAAAGUAAAGACCAGUGUCGCCAUAUAAAUAAAUGUCACUAGUUUAUACAGUGUCCCAUAUGUUGACAGAGUUUAUUAAAGCUGUUAAUAUUUAAUUUUUUUUUUUUUAAAUAAUUGUCUUAUUUGAUUUUCUUUAAGGGAGAUAUCUAUUUAGAAAAAAAUUGUAUUUUUUUAUUUUAUUUUAACCACUAAAAAAAAUAUUUUAUUUAUUUAAUUUACAAGAUUUUUAAAAUAUCCAUUUUGAAAAAAACAUUAUUUUAAACAUUUUAAUUUAUCAUACCCAAUCAAUAGUUUUUUUUAGUAAGAGCUGUUUUAAUUUCUAACAUUUUAAAAUAAAUCAACUCAUUCCUUAUCAUGUAACAUGGUCUCAUUUUCAUCUUUUCUCUAAAAAUUAAAAUUGCUGUUACUAAGAAACUAUUGAUCAGAUAUGAAAGUAUGAUACAUUAAAAUUUUUAGAAUAAUAUACAUUAAUUACUAAAUGGCUAUUUUAAAAAUUUUUUAAAUUAAAUAAUAACAAUUUUUUUUUUUUAAAUUGGUGGUGAAAAUUAAAAUUAAUUUUUUCUUUAAAAUCUAAAUAGAUGUCUUUUCAAAAAAAAAAAAAAAAAUGGACACUAAUAGUGAGAUUACAUGAGCAUUUUAUUAACGGACGUUAUUUAUGGUCGUUACUUUUCCGGUCACACUAGCUAGGAACAUCAUCAGUUAUCAUCAAAAUGGAUGACGAAGAGGUUGCGAUUUUUGCGUAUACUGCUUUGAAAAUUAUUCGUUUGUCUUUGUCAAUUGAAUCUAAUAACAAUCUACAACGCUGAUAAGCAAAUCGUAACGGGCGUUAUAGUAUGUCUUGCCUAUCACCAACGGACAGUAAAUCCAACAGACUGUGUGGUUACUAGGUAUGGUUGUAAUGAAUUUCAACCGUCAUAACGUCCGUUAAUAAAACCCUCGUGUGACCUCACUCUCAGUAUAAAUAAUAAUUUAAAGAUACCUAUCAUACAUUUUAAGAGUUGUCAUGACUGGAAGACACCAAUGCUACAAAAACAACUAUGUGCAUCUACUACUCUAUCAUGGUAAUAACAUUUUUUUACUCCAAAUGUAAAUAGCUACAAUGUUAUAUUGAGCUAAUAAUGGCUACACUGAAUUAGUUUUAUCAAAAUUCAAAUAGAUGAAUAUUUAGUUAGAAUUCAUCAUUUAAUAUUGUGUUAUGUCAUCUUCAUAUUAAUAAAUAAUUGUUAUCUGUUAUAUUUGUUUCUCAUUUGUUCAAAAUCUGAAUGUUUUUAUGAGGCAUCUUGGUUUUUUGGCUCUAACUGGUUUAGAUUUUAACUACAUAUUUUUUCAAAAUUCUAACUGUUGGAUGAUGUAUUAAACAUCACCUACAUUUAUAAAUAUAAAGCUACAAUUUUAUAAUUAAUACUUAAUAAAUGGUUAUUUUCUCCUAUAUUUAAUGAUGCAAUGUUUCUAAUUUUUCAUAACGAAAUCAUCACAAAGAAAAGAACUACCAGUGUAUGGCACAAAUAAAUUUUUGAAAAUUUUGUUAUUUGAUUUGUGUUAUUAUUUCUUAAAUGGCUAGGUUUAGUCGUGUUAACUCUUAAAAUUCAUGAUUUCUUUAAAUUAUUGUUGAUAUAAUUUAUUAACAAUUUACAAGUAAUAAUACAUAAAUUGUACUAGUGGCAUUCAUUAAUAUGGUGGCAUUGACUGGUAUAUUUGUAUUUCCCCUUGUUAUUUUUAGUAUUUUUUUAAGUGAUAAUAUUAAUGAUUUAUCUGUAUCUAAUAAGUUGUAUAACUGCAAAAAAAAUUACUUUUUAAAAAAUAUUACUGUUGCAUACAUUUGUAAUUUGAUUAAAUUAUUUAAUUUAGUUUUUUAAUGAACAGGUUAACAAUAUUAAAAAAAAUCUAAAUGAAGUUAAUUUUUUGACUGAACAACUAAUUAUAGUUGUGUAACUAAUUUAUGAAUUUUAAAAACUUGUAAAACUGUUGUCAGUGAUAAAUUGAAUAAAUAAAUAAAAACCAAUCUAUCUGAAUUCAAUCAAACCCUAUCUGAUUUUAUUGAUUUAUUUUUAAAAUAAUUUUAUUAUAUGAGUAACUCAUUAAGGAUUGUAAGCAUUAUUUAACUAAGCUUGGAUAAUCACAUUAAAUGUAAACAUGUUUCAAUAUAUUAGUGAAGUUAAAUCUUAAACAUUUGGAAUUAUUACAUUAAUUAUACUUACUACUGUAUAAUAUAUUCAACUUGUAUUGACAAGUAUAAUAAAUACUUACUAUAUGUAUUGUUAAUGAUAUGAUAAAUUCUUAAGUGGAUAAAAUAUCUAUGGUGUAGUUUUGCACAAUAAUAAGUAAUAAAUAAUAACCAUUUAGGUACAUCAGCUAUUUAAUUACCUAUUUUUUUCAGUUGUUGAUUUAAUCAUAAACAAUUACCUAUUGUACUUUCGCAGUAAUUAUAUGAUAAUGAAUAUUUUGUUUAAGUUCAAGUAAUAUAAUAUACAAAUUAAUUCCAUAUUUAAAAUAUUCACUGUAAAAUAAAAUAAUUAUUUAAGUAAUUAAAUCAUCCAAGUUGUAUUUUAAUAUAAUUACCAAAUAAAUAUUUUUGAAAUACCUAUAAACUAAUAACAUUUAGUUUCACAAAUAAAAAAAAUACCUACUUCAGCAGUUAAUUUUGUUAUUUUGUUUUAAACAUCUUCAUUUGGCAAUUAAAAUUAGGUGUUUAUUAUAUAUUUUUAGACAAUUUUUAGAAACAUAAUUAUUUUUAUUGUUCAUUAUUUUUCUUGAACCAUUUAUAAUAAAGGUAAAUUAUUCUUUGUAAUUUAAAUAUUGUAGUGGUAUAAGUUAUUUAUUGAGGAAAACAUUGCUAGUUGAGAGCUAGUCGAGAACUAAUGGUUUAAUUAAAUUAAUAUAAUAUACUGAAUUAUUUCUUAACUCUGCAGAGUUAUAAUAUUAUGUAUUUCUAAAGAUUUUAAGGUACAUAAAUCUAGGUUGUACUCUGGAACCUUGGUAUCUCGAAGCCUUAAGAGAAUAUAACAAAUAAAAUUUGAAUAAAAAUGUUUAUUUUUUGAGAGAAAUUUUUAUCUAUUGUAUACAUAUUAUUUAUUUGUAUUUGUCAUUUGUAAAAUCUAUGUGACUAUCACCAUUAUAGGUUACUAGCUGAACUAUAAUUAAAUAUUAACAUUAUUACAGUGUUGUACAUAUUACAUAUAAUCUCAGUCCACAUUUACCAUUUAUUUUAUCGGCAUUCUAUACUUUAUCUAUUAGUAGGUACUAAUGAUACUAAUGAUAGAUGAUAUCCUAGAGUAUUAUCUCACAUUAUUUGAAUUAAUGGAUAUUGGAUAUUGGAUAUUGACUUUGACUUAAAAAAAAUUCAAGAUAUGGAAAUUUGGUAUACUAAUUAACGUGUAAGUCUAAUAUUGAAUGAUCGGGACUGAAAAAAAAAAUUUGAAAUACAGGAACUUGAGAUAGCGAGGUUCCACUGUAUUAUAGCCUAAUUUGAGAUCUUAAAAGAAAAUUAGUGUUUAAAUUCAACCUGAAUUAAAUUCAAUACUUAAAUAGAAUUAGUUGUAGUUUUUAAAGUUUGAUGAGUUGUUAUUUAAUAAAUAAUAAGUACUAAUAAAAUAUUUACUUUAUCCAAGACUUUGAAUAUAUGAAAAAAAAAUUACAAAAUUAAAUUUUAUUAUGAUCUAUUUAAAUCUUAAUUCUUAAAUUUUUUCCAAUUACCAGUAGAGCAAAUUUUUAUAUUCCCUAAAAAUCUUUAAAUUUAUUUGCAUAUGAUAUGUACUACAAAUACCAAAAAAAAAGUAUAGAUAAUAUGUCAUAUUAAUAUAUUAUCUUUUAAUAAAUUGGAAAACUAAUUACAAUUUAUUUGAAUAAAAUAAAUAAAUUUUAUAUUAUUUUUAUAUAAUUAAUAUUUUAAUAUUUCAUUUAAAAUAUAAGUACUUACUAAUGACCUUGCAUACAAAUCCAAAAUGUCGAAAUAUGAAGAAUACAAUUUUGUAUGUAGAAUUGUUUCAUAAAAUUUUGAUAUAAACACUAUAAACUAUUUUUUUUUUAUAAGGGGUUGAACUUUAAAUAUUUACUAUAAAUCUAUAGUCAUACUAUUGUCAUAGUAAAAUUGUUAAUUUGUAUUUUUUUCAGUAUCAAAAAUGAGUAUUAAAUUAUUUAUAAUUUGUAUGACAUCCGUCUUUUGUGUCGGGUAUGUCUCUGGUGAUUACUGCUACAAUGAUGUGGUUGGAGCUUGCAGCCCAGUGGGUUUGUUCUUUUUUUUUUUAUUAUUAUUUUUGUCUAUUUAGUAAUUCAUGUUAAUUAUUAUCAUAUAUUUAUAAUACUUUACAGGAGGGGAAGUACAAAAUUGUAAUGCACGAUAUGGAGCAUUUAAAAGCGAUGAAUUAUUAGCUAAUGUUCAAAAUUAUGCCAACACACAUAUUUUGCGUAGUUUCCAGUUUUUGUUAAUGGUAAAUAUGUAUUAUUAUCAUUAAUAUUAAUUAUAGUUAUUAAAUUAUAUCAUAAUUAUUAUAGUUUCAUAGGGUAAUUAAUUCAUAAUUAUUUUAUUAUAAAAUUAAUAGAAAAACAUUAUAUUAAUGACCAUGUCGAAUGCUGGGUACACAAUUUUAUUGAUAUUAUGUAAUAUUUAGUAGUUAUUAUAAUUGCCGUUGAUUCAGCUUGACUGCUUUUGUCUGUAUAAUCUGUUUAUUAUUUUUAAUGCAGUGAGGCAUUUAAAAAUUAAAUUAGUACUAAUCUAUUAUUACUAUGCAAUUUAUUAUUCUUAUUUUUCUAAAUUUCAAGAAAUAAACACUCUAGCUUACAUACCUAUAUAUUUUUACUAUAUUAUAUCACAUAAAUAUGUAUACCAUUUUUAGACUUUCAAUUUAAAACAAUGUAAAAUUCAAUUAUAUUUUAUAUAAUUAUAAUUUUUUUUAUUAUGGUGAUUUAUACAUUGAGUCUAUCUUAAUUGGUGCAAUCUAAUUAAAAUAAUGUAUUCACUAGUUUAUAUAAACCUAUUAUUAGCCGAGUUAAAAUCAGUAACUAAUAUUCUUAAUAACCAGGGCUCAGAUUUUAUAGAACUGAAAAUAACUGAAAUAUGUCAUUGAAUAUGAAAUAACAAAUUUUAACAUAAAAACCAUAUAUGGCUUAAAAUAUUUUAAAUUAAGCUAUAAUAUACAAUAAAAACGAUAAAUGACAAAAAAUAAAAUUUAUUUAUUUUUUAAAUUUGUUUAAAUAUUUAUGUAAAUACAUCCGAUAAAAAUGCAUAAAUGUAGACUGUUCUAUGGGUCAUUAUUUGAGACUACUUAAAAAAUAGAUUAAAAUAUGAAACAAAAUUGUAGGUAUUUUUCUUAUGGAUUUGCAUAAAUGAUAGAUUAUGUUAAUUAUUUAUGACAAAUACAAAAUAAAUUAUUAUAUUAUGCAUAUUGGAGAAAAAUAGCACAAUAAAUCUAAAAUAAGGGUACUUUAAAUAUGAAAAAACAGCAAUAUAAACAUUUUGUACUUGGAGUUCUUAGUUUAUAAAACAAAUAUAAAGCUCACUCUACUAUUUUUAACUGUAUCCUAAAAUAUUUCGAAAAUAUUUAAAAUGCUAUUAAAUCCGAGCCUGAAAAUAACCAAAAUAAUUUCAUACAUGCAUACAGUAUGGCAAGAAUUUAUACAUUUGUUUAAUAAAAUUAUUUUUAUAACUAAUAUAAAUUUUCUUUUCUGGUCUUUCUAACUUCAAUUAAAUUAAGUUUGACUAUUUAUUAAAAUUGGUAUCAUAUUGUUAUUUUUACAUUGCUAUUUAAAAUAAGUUGUAUAAUGAUUUUUAAUCAUUGUAGUCAUCUCAUUUUGGCAACUAUGAAAAAAACCGUGCUGGAUUUGAAAAGCUUUAUAGAAAAAUGUCUGACCAAACAUGGGAAAAGGCUAUUGAUCUUGUAAAGUUUAUGGGAAAACGUGGUGCUCACAUGAACUUCCGUUAUCGUAAAGAAGAAAUAAAAGAAAGGGUAUUUAUUACACUUAGUCAUUCAUAAUUAUAUUUUUGAAAAAUAAUACAAUAGUCAAUACUCUCUUAUAUAAUUUGAUAUUUAUUUUUUCCAAUAGCAAAUGGAGUAUGAAUUGUAUGAAUUGGCUAGUAUGGCUAAAGCUUUGGAUAUGCAAAAAGGUUUGGCUGAAGGUGCUCAUUUUCUUCAUGGUGAAGUUACAAGAAGGAAGGAGCAUGAUGCUGAAGUAAACUUAUUACCAUAUUUGUUUUAAUUUUAACAAUAUAAUUGUGUAGUUCCUUAUCUUUUUGAAUAAUGAAUUAAUAUAUUUGUUUAUUGAUAUCAUAGGUGGCUUCAUUUUUGGAGAAUAACUUUGUACAUCAACAUUCUGAAAUUAUAAGAGAACUGUCUGGCUAUACCAAUGAUAUUAAACAACUAAUUGGAAAUCAACCAGAUCCAAGCUUGUCUCUUUAUCUGUUUGAUGAAUAUUUACAAAAAGCUAUUUAAUUAUUUAAAUGCAUAUAUUUUCAAAUAAACAUACCCAAUAUUAUAAUAUUUAAAUUUGUAUUCACACAGAACAAAAAUGUUAUACUUUCAUAGUUAUAAUUAUAAUCUAUGUGUCUAUUAUAUUUUCUAUAAUUAUACUUAAUAAAAAAAAAAAAAACUUAAUAUAUCAUUUAUGCAAUUUAUUAUGCCAUAAUUAGUUAAAUUGUUAAAUUGUAGUUAACAAUUAAUGUUAAUACAAUUUUUUCAGUAUUUUAAUAUUACUUAUAAUGAAAACUACUUUAAUUUUUUUUAGAAUAGAUAGUUAAUUAUGAUAUGGUAUAACUUUUAAUAAAGAAAUAUUUUAUAUUUAUCAUAUGUGAACCGUUUUUUUUGUGUAACAGAUUUCAAAAGUUGUGUUUUUAUAUAUACCUAAUUAACUACUCUAUACCAUACCUAGCAGUGCUUAUCAGAGGGUGUUGUCCUACACAUACAAGGUUGAAUAGUUAUUACUACUCUGGUUCAAACUAUGUAUAGACAAGUAUAUUAUUAUUAAAUACAAAAGGUAAUUGAUAUUUAAAUCGAAAAAUAAAGCAAGUUUAUAAUUUCUUGUUACACAAUAUUAAAAAUACGAGUACUUAAUAUUUGUCAUUUUAAAACCGAAAAUUUAUUUCAACAUUAUUAGUUGUCACAAAACACCAACUGAUUUUGGGCAAGCAUAUAUGUAUCGUUACCACGAAAUUUUGAAGUUUUUUUAAAUAAUAACAUUUUAUACAAUAUU